GACGUUUCUCACUGUCAAAUUAGUGGUAAAAUUCGCAGUAAACAAACAGCGCGUUAGGAAUCGGAUCGGGAAAAGCACCAUGUGUUUGGGUUCUACCGGAACGAUAUGAAAAAGCUUCUGCAGUACGCUAACAAAUAACUACUCACUGAGUUGUUUGUGUCGUAAUUCGAUGCACUGGUUGUGGAAACAUCAACAGAGAAAAACAUCGCCGAUUCGGCUGUUCAGUGCAAUACGAUGUCACACGCCACAGGAGCUACAGAAUCCAGCUCUCGAAAUUCAAACGAUCGCGUGGAAGAUGACGUUUCACACUAUCAGGUUUUGGGAGUUGCACCGGAUGCCCCACUGGAGGAAAUUCGUAAGGCCUACCAAUCAUUGGCCUUGCGCUUUCACCCGGAUAAAAUGCACAACAACGGAACGUCGGCUGAAUUUAUUCGCAUCGACGAAGCCUGGAAAGUGCUACGCGAUGCGCAUUCUCGGCGCGUGUAUGAUGCCGAACUUAUGCAGCGUACCUGCCGGGAGGAAUACUUUGUGAAUGAGAUCCUCACAGUGAAGGACUUUAGCUACAAUCAGGACGAGAAUUACCGAUACCGAGGUUGUCGGUGUGGGGGCCUGUAUAUACUACCGGAUGACAUGGAGCUUGGUGAAAGUUACUACAUUGCGUGUGACGAAUGUUCGCUUGUGGUGCAAGUGAAUACUGCUUGAGCAAAUAAUUUUAAUAAAAUUUGGAUCAUAAUUAAAUAACAUGUAAAUUAUAUUGUA